AUGACGGGGAAAGCCGGGGAAGCGCUGAGCAAGCCCAAAUCCGAGACAGUGGCCAAGAGUACUUCGGGGGGCACCCCGGCCAGGUGCACAGGGUUCGGCAUCCAGGAGAUCCUAGGCUUGAACAAGGAGCCUCCCAGCUCCCACCCGCGGGCUGCCCUCGACGGCCUAGCCCCCGGGCAUUUGCUAGCUGCGCGCUCGGUGCUCAGCCCGGCGGGAGUGGGCAGCAUGGGGUUGCUGGGGCCCGGGGGGCUUCCCGGCUUCUACGCGCAGCCCACCUUCCUGGAAGUGCUGUCCGACCCUCAGAGCGUCCACUUGCAGCCACUAGGCAGAGCGUCGGGGCCGCUGGACACCAGCCAGACGGCCAGCUCCGAUUCCGAAGAUGUUUCCUCUAGUGAUCGAAAAUUGUCCAAAUCGGCUUUAAACCAGACCAAGAAACGCAAGAAGCGGCGUCACAGGACAAUCUUUACUUCCUAUCAGCUAGAGGAGCUGGAGAAGGCAUUCAACGAAGCUCACUACCCAGAUGUGUAUGCCCGGGAGAUGUUGGCCAUGAAAACGGAGCUGCCCGAAGACAGGAUACAGGUGUGGUUCCAAAACCGCAGAGCCAAGUGGAGGAAGAGGGAGAAGUGUUGGGGCCGGAGCAGCGUCAUGGCUGAGUACGGGCUCUAUGGGGCCAUGGUACGACACUCCAUCCCCCUGCCUGAGUCCAUCCUCAAAUCUGCCAAGGAUGGUGUCAUGGAUUCCUGUGCUCCGUGGCUAUUGGUUCAAGAUGGCUUUCCCAGGCGCUUUUCUAAACCCGAAUACCAACAAUUCUUUUUAGGGAUGCACAAAAAGUCACUGGAGGCCGCAGCAGAGUCGGGAAGGAAGCCGGAGGUGGAGCGCCCGGCCCUGCCCAAGCUCGACAAGACGGAGCAAGAGGAACGGGCCCCAGAUGCCCAGGCAGCCAUCUCCCAGGAGGAACUCAGAGAGAACAGUAUUGCAGUCCUCCGAGCCAAAGCUCAGGAGCACAGCACCAAGGUUCUGGGGACUGUGUCAGGGCCUGACGGCCUCACCAGGAACGCUGAGAAGCCGGAAGAGGAGGAAGCCGUAGAGGAAGACCGGCCAGUGGAGAUGCUUAGCCCACCACAGCUAGAGGACAUGGCUUAG